UUCUGCAUUACUGCUGUAUUUUGGAGAGUCUACACAUUAUGAAGAAAAUCAAAGAACUAAGUGUGUUAAAUAGGUUUUAUGAAUGUUUGUUGGACAUUCUGAACAUUUUGACAUGAGGAUUUUUUAAAAAGAAUUGCCUGUCCACUGAUUAGGUGUGAAAAGUCAUGAUCCAACAACGCCGCAUUUAAGGAAAAUGUGAUCCAGAUUACUUUUUAUAGGUGAUAAUCAAGAUAACAGUGAAGAUUAUAGGAGCUGAGGAAAAGUGAGAUUUGGUUUGGAGUUCAUUUUCCAACAAAACAAAUAUUUGACGUGGCAGCAGCUGAGCGAUGUUACAGUGGGAUGUGACUGGCGUGUGUGUGUGUGUGUGUGUGUGUGUGUGUGUGUGUGUGUGUGUGUGUGUGUGUGUGUGCGUGUGUGUGUGCUGGAGCUGGGCUCCUUCAUGCUGGCCCCCACACUCCACAGCGGACCAGGAGACCAACUGCAGCAAACUCUGAUCAGGAGCUCAAGAUGAAGCUGUUGUGGAUCAGCGCACUCCUCUGCAUUUUUUCCUUCCAUCUCUGUGUGGCCAGAGUCGUCCCAGAAGGAGUUCCAUAUGACGAACCUCCAGCUGUUCCCUACUGGCCUUACUCCACCUCAGACUUCUGGAACUACAUCGAAUACUUCAGGUCCAUCGGCGCUUACAGCCACAUCAACGAGAUGGCUCGGGCGUUCUACGCCCACCAGCACCUUGGAGACACCCUGGGAUACGAGACCAACGCCGGACAUGAACACUGAGAGGACAGCCAGGAUGUUUAGAGAACGAAACCAAAAUAUUCUGAUGGAGAGGGCGAAAGAAAAAGGGAA